GCUUUCUGGCUUUUGAUAAUUAUUUUCUUUCUCUCCCCAGAAAAGCUCAAGAACCACAAGAUCAUCUUCGUGGUGGGUGGCCCCGGCUCGGGGAAGGGGACACAGUGUGAGAAGAUUGUGCAGAAGUAUGGGUACACCCACCUCUCCACGGGGGACCUGCUGCGGGCGGAGGUCAGCUCGGGCUCGGAGCGGGGCAAGAAGCUGCAGGCCAUCAUGGAGAAGGGCGAGCUGGUGCCACUGGACACGGUGCUGGACAUGCUGCGGGAUGCCAUGGUGGCCAAAGCGGAUGUGUCCAAGGGUUUCCUCAUUGACGGCUACCCCCGCGAGGUGAAGCAGGGAGAGGAGUUUGAGAAGAAG